UUCAAGAUGGCGGACGAAGGACAAAUUCAAGUUCGAUUUUUUACCCAACAGAAACGAUAUGCUAUUACAGACUCACCAUUUUCGAUUCCAGCYAAAUCCAGUCAAGAUGAAUUAAAUGCUCUUGUAAAUGGAUUACUCUCACAAAAUGAUGACGACACUGACGAAGACAUCACUCAAGAUGUGCAGUUUGACUUCCUCAUCAACAAUGAAUACUUACAAGACAAUAUACAAAAACAUAUGGAAAAUAAUAAAAUAUCAACGGAAAAUGUUGUAGAAAUUGAGUACAUAGUMAAACAUGAAGCACCACGACCAGACAACAUAUUGGUUCAUGAUGAUUGGGUUAGCUGUGUCUCUAGCUGUUCUAAUUGCAUAAUUUCAGGGAGUUAUGACAACAGUGUAAAUAUAUGGAAUUAUCAAGGUGACAUCUUAAACACAUAUGUAGGACACAGUGGUCCAGUGAAAGCAGUAGAAUGGAUAUCUAAAGAUGAAAAUAAAGGAGUUAUACUAAGUUCAUCACAAGACCAAUGUAUACGCUUAUCACAGUGGUCAUCUAUAAAUAAGACUAUCACUUGUGUGCAUGUGUGCAAAGGACACUCACAAAGUGUUGACUGUCUUGCAGUCGAUCCUUCUCUUACACGGUUUUGUAGUUGUUCGUGGGACAAGACAAUAAAGUUGUGGUCAGCAGUUCCAGACAUAGAAGCUUCUGAUGAACCAGAUAAUGAAGAUGGAGGAUUCAAAAAGAAACAGAAAAAUGAUAAYUUAAAUAGAAAACCAACUACACGAACACCUUUAAUGACUCUGUCUGGUCACACACAAGCAGUGUCGUCAGUGUUGUGGAUGGACAAGAUAWCAAUAUGUAGUGCAGGAUGGGAUCAUUGUAUUCGUGUCUGGGACAUGGUGGCUGGAAUAAAUAAACAAACCUUGACUGGUUCUAAAGUAUUCUGUAGUAUAGCAUACUCACCUUUAUCAAAAUGUCUGGCUUCUGGCAGUGCUGAUAAGUUUAUUAGACUUUGGGAUCCUAGAAUAAAAGAUGGUCAAGUCAUUAAAGGAACACUGACAUCUCACCAAGGAUGGGUCUCUUCAUUAGCAUGGUCRCCUAGCAAYGAGUUUGAAUUAGCUUCUGGUUCUUAUGAUAACACUGUAAAAUUAUGGGAUACAAGAAGUCCAUAUACACCCCUUUAUACUAUGACUGGACACCAAGAUAAAGUCAUGUGCAUUGACUGGACAAGAUCAAAGUAUGUGUUAAGUGGUGGUGCGGACAACCAGCUGAUCAUCUAUGAAGUGUCUGGAAAUACCUGGAAGGCACCUGAACUAAGUGAUGGAGACUCACAUUAGCCCAAGACAUAUCCAGGAAAUACUUUUAUAAACCUCAUUAAACCUGUCAUUUCCAUCCUUAGAAAGUUGAAAACACAUUUCUUGAUAGAAUAAAUCACAUCAAAACAAUAGAUUGAAACAAUUAACACUCCUAGAAGUUCAUUAUUUGUCAAAAUGCCAAUGUUAUUGCCAAAGAGAGACUCACUGUCCUAGUAUUUUAGAGAAUAAAAUCAUCUGUCAAUAUUA